AUGUCGGCUGCAAGCGCGACGGCCGCAUUCCCGUCGCUUGACGGCUCGCCGCAGCUGCGUCGAGCCCCGUUUCAGUCACUUUUGGUAAAAUCUGGGUCAGGAUCCCAACGGCAGUCCCACCUGAUCCUGCGCCAUUCCGUCCCAUGCGGACGCAUCACUCAUCCCGAUCGACCCAAUGCACCCGUGCAUUUAAACCCGCUGCCGCGUUUGGCGCUUUAUUCCCGGCCGCGCCGGGCGGUACGCGCAGCAGCUGCACCUACCCCAGUUGUUUCCGCGACUGCGGCGGCUCCGCGGGGCGGCAGGGACGGCGAAUACGACAGGACUGACCAGUGGGACGAUACGCGCGCACGUCGUUCUGAGGAUUACGAAGAUGACUAUAACGAGGAUUUCUUUGCCAGCGACGUGGCGCUGCCGCCUGGCGCGCGGUUCGGGAAGAGAGACCAACCGGAUGAGAGCUGGAUAAACGACUCUGAUUGGUCGAGGGGAUCCGCGGGGCCGCGCAAAACGGGGCAGGGAGGGGAGGGGGAAGGCUCUCGCGGAAGGCGGCAGCAGGGGGACCGCGGGGGGUUGCAGGGGAGUCGGGGGGGAAGGAGCGGGAGAGACGGGGAAAGCGCGGGGGCGGGUAGGGGGAGGAUGAGGGGAAGCGCAGGCGGGGGGGAUGGCUGGGGGGAACUGGAGGAGGCGGAGGGAGCAGCGGAGAGGCGCAGGGUUUUAGAGGAGCAGGGGAUUGCGCAGCAGCGGAGGGGUUUGGGGUUUAAGGGAGGGAGGGGAGGAUACGGCGGUGGCGAGACGGGGAGGUUUGGGGCGGGGGAAGCAAGAGAAAGGAGCGGUGCUGGGAGGGAGGAGACUCGUCUGGCACAGGGUUCAGGGUUUAGGAGAGAGAGGGAAGGUUUACCUGAGGGGAGGAGGGAGGAGACUCGUCUUGCAUCGGGUUCAGGGUUUAGGAGAGAGAGGGAGGGUUUACCUGAGGGGAGGAGGGAGGAGAGGAGUGAGAUGGGAGUGAGAAGGGAGGCGCGAGAGGAGGGGUGGAAGGCGGCGGGCGAGCAGAGGGGCUAUGGGAGGGAAGGACGGGGGGGUGGGUGGGUUGGGGACAGGCGCGUGGGUGGAAAAGAGGAGGACGGUGAGGAAGGGGAGUCGAGGAGCAGAGGCAGCAGCGGCGGCAGCAGAGGCAGCAGGGGCGUGAGCAGGCGGCAGUGGGGGGAGUAUGGGGAGGAGGAGGACAGGGGCGAGCGGGGGACAAGGUCGUUUGGGGUUGCAGCAGCAGCAGCAGCAGCAGCAGCAGCAGCAGCAGGAGCGACCGCAGCCGCAACGGCAGCAGCAGGCGCAUCUCUCCUUCCCCUCACAGCAGCCGCCCCUUCUUCCCCUGCCCUGCCUUCCGCCCCUUCCCCUUCCCGUUCCCCUUCUCCUCCCCUCUCCACUUUCCCCUCCCCUUCCCCCUCCCUUUCCCCCUCCCUUUCCGCCUCCCCUUCCACCUCCCCCUCCGCCUCCCCUUCCCCCUCCCUUUCCCCCUCCCUUUCCGCCUCCCCUUCCACCUCCCCCUCCGCCUCCCCCACCUCUCCGCGCGCCCCCAAGCUGAAGCUGGCGCGGCCGCGGGGGGUGCCGUCCCCAGGGAAACCGGGGGAGGGCGUGAGGCCAGGCGUGCCGGUGUGCUACGGGUGCGGGGCAGAGCUGCAAACACGCGUGGAAGACGCUCCUGGGUACAUUCCCCCUGACCGAUACGAGAUGCUCAGACUCUCAGAGCACAGGGAAGGCCUUUUGAGUCGACUCAAAAGACUCUCAGAGCACAGGGAAGGCCUUUUGAGUCGACUCAAAAGACUCUCAGAGCACAGGGAAGGCCGGGGGAGGGGAGGGCGUGAGGACGGUUGCGCCGGUGUGGUGUGCUAUGGGUGUGGGGGGGAGCUGCAAACACGUGUGGAGGACGCCCCUGGGUACAUUCCCCCUGACCGAUGCGAGAUGGUAGGCGUUGAGGGGAGGGCGUGGGGGCGGGUGUGCCGGUGUGGUGUGCUAUGGGUGUGGGGCGGAGCUGCAGUCACGGGUGGAGGAGGCCCUUUCAGAAGCGGCGUGGCGUCACAAGCAGCUGCGGUCGCUGAAAAAACGCCACAAGCAGCUGCGGUCGCUCGUGUGCGCGCGCUGCCAGCAGCUCUCCCACGGCCGCAUGGUACCCCCAAAAAGCGCCACAAGCAGCUGCGAUCACUGGUCUGCACGCGCUGCCAGCAGCUCUCCCACGGCCGCAUGGUAGCAGCCGUCACGGGCCACGGCGGUUACCGCGUAACCGGCCCGGCGGACAUGUUUGUGACAGCGGAGGCGCUGCGGCAGCAGCUGACGUACGUGCGCGGGGAGAAGGCGCUGGUGGUGAAGCUCGUUGACCUCGUUGACUUCAGCGGAAGCUUCCUCUCAAGGAUUCGCGACAUCGUGGGACCGAACCCUAUUGUUCUGGUUAUCACCAAGGUGGAUCUGGUACCAGAGGGCACGCACAUGGACCCGGUGGCGGACUGGGUGCUGGCAGCUGUUGCGAAGAAGAAACUCAAUGUGCUGGCGGUGCACUUUGUGAGUGCCAAGGCGCGCACGGGGCUGUCCUCAGUGGCUGCAACCAUUCAACGUGAACGCCAGGUGCGCCUCUGCUCUGCUUCCCCACAGGUGCACUGCACUGCACGCCGCCAGGUGCACUGCGUUCUCGUUUGA